AUGAUGACUCAACCUUCUCUCCGGCCCCCAUCGAAUCUUCAGCCGCGCCCCAAAGCCAUCCCUACAUUCAGUAGCACUUCGAUAGCGGCAAAAUCCACCUCAACACCGCCUCCACGCUCAAGGCCCUCCUCGAGAAGUCGACAAUCGUCACCGGCUCGGUCAACAGGGCCCUCUGAUGUCUCGGACAAAGCGACGGCCGCCUUGGUAAGACGCGUGCUCUGCCCCCAGAGUCACGCGGAGCCUCGUCCCAUCGACGAGCUCUUACCUCCGUUGACGAGCAGCAACGAUGUGGAUCUGCAGCUCUACGCCAUUAUUGCAGUCGUUGUCAAGGAUCUGGUCUACAGCUGGUAUGGGAAGAUCACCCCGGAUCAAGGCUUCGUGGAGGAGGUGGUACGGAUAGUGGCUCAUUGCACAAGAGCGUUGGAGAGCAGAUUAAGGACCGUCGACCUUGAGGGCUUGAUACUCGAUGAGAUACCAGAAUUGAUUGAAGGUCAUAUCCAUGCAUACCGAGUCAGUCAUCGAUCGCAACAUCUACCACCCCUACAUACGGACCCUCAUGUCAUAUACCACAGCUUGAUUCCUCACCCAGCACUUUCGCCAGUGCCUGACCCGGCUGUCCCAUCGACCGCGACCGAGCAGCAGGAGCAUGAAGCAGCAUACAGGCAGCUUUUGGUGCAGGGCGCACUAGCCGUGCUACUACCUACGGAAGACCUGGAGAAUGCGUGUCUACGGACCCUUGUUGCCGAUGUCAUUGCAGACAGCAUCCUGGGCAAUUCCAUCGGCGGCAAGGUCUGCGAAGGUUGGUUCUUAUGGGGCGGCAUCACCACGCUUGUCGACGUGGUCAAAGCGAGGAUAGAGCCAAAAGCUACGGGUGAAGAGAUCAAGGUUGAUACCAGGAGCCGUCUUGAGAAAUUUGGCCUCCUUGCGGAGAAAGGCCAGAGCGAGGAAGCUACUAAGGACGACAGACGAUCCCCGUUCUCGUCUGCGUUCUGGCGAAUCUUACAAUACGGCUUCUUGACGUUCAUGACAAUACGUUUUGUCAUGAUCGGCUUCAUUACCGCAUCCUCGCGACCAAUGCGCACGAAAUCGACAGCAAAGACAUCAGGGUGGAGCGAAUCAUGGGGCAUGGAAGAGAAAUCGGACCGGCCCCAGCCGAUGCUGAGUUUCCAAGUGCUCUCCGUCAUCUCCGUUCUACUCGAUCUCCGUUCACGGAAGCCCUGGCUCUCUGGAUCUCUGGCAUUGCUUCAAUACCAGCUGAUCCACGGUCCCCUUGGACUGGCCGCCACCGACGGCAUCCUCGACCAGUAUAUGCACCACUCCCUCCACACGCACCUUCAACCAUCACAACUCUUGCCGACUUUGCUUCGCACUCUCCGCCCAACCCUUUUUCCAAAUUCUUGUCUCCCGCCGCCCGCUCCUCCAGCUCCUUCCGCCGGCGACAUCAGCAAGAUCAAACGCACCUGCGCCCUUUCCCUACUCUCCCUGCUGCCGACGGCCGUCUGGAAGCGAUUCUUCGGCGGUGAGGACACGGAGGACUGGGUCGCCGAGGUGGAAGGCGAGCUGGAUGUCUGGGGAGACGGGUAUCUGAACAAGCACCUUGGGUAUGCAAUUCUCGAAUUGAUCGUGGUCCGCCUCCUGCCAGAGCUUAGCGAGCGACGGGUAGAGGAGCUGCGGCAGGAGAGGCUCGGGAGCGAGAUAUAG